AUUCGCUUCCACGUCCUGGCAUGGACAGAAAGACGCCAGUCGCGAAUGACGUUGCGCGGGAUGACACGGCGCUUCAGCAGCUGAUCCAAGACAAAUUCCCGUCCACCGACCCAAUGCUCGGAGACUGGGAGGUCGGGACGGGUCAGUUUUCCUCUCUUCAAAAGGGCCUGCCGCAGGGGCGGAAGCUCUGCGGCGUAGUGGUCAGGGUGCACAGCGAGAACGGCGCGGUGCGGGUGGGCGGCGAGAUGUACAGCAACGUCAAGACGGAAAACGUGGAAACGGGGCGGCAUCUCAAGGACGAGCAUUUCCUCCUCGUCGUGGACGCUGGCAACUGGUGCAUGACACUAGGCAGGCCGACGUAUCGUCUUAUAUUAAUGUAGUAAAACACACUACUGGCUUUGUUCCGCUGGCUGAAUAUAGGUGGCCUCCCUCUGCAUG